AUGAGCACUACUUCCUCUCCCUCCUAUGAAGUUAAAUGGUGCAACACCUACUUUCCAGAGUUUCCUCUCGAUGUCAAUACCCUGGAUCAUGACCAAGUUCGACAGCACUGUAAUGAGCUUGCACAUCUCCGCCGACAGGCAUCUUUCAAUCCAGUACAUCCUGGCCUGGCUUUUGAAGCUGUCAUUGAAGCUCGAAAUGAAUUUCCUAGUUCUGACUAUCGACCGCUACCUUCCUUUGCACUGAAAGAAGGGAGAUUCCAGGUGGUGGUCAGGACUGGUAUACAAAAUGAACCGGUGCAUUGGUCGCAGGUCUGGGUAGCUGAUGUGAAGGAGAUGGGUCAUUCAGAGUCUUUAGGUCCUGUCAUUCUGAAGCUGUUCCAGGCCUCUCUUAUGCCACCUCCCCAGCUAUUGAACCAUGAUUCCAUUGGUUAUACAUCUCCCAGACAACUUGCCAGCAUUGAGGAUCUGGUCUAUAAUGCGCUUGGAGAUCUGCAGGGCUCUGUUAUCUCUUACUAUUAUGGGAAGCAUAAGUUUCUUAUGCCUAACUGUGAGUCCACCCAUGCAAUUAUCCUCGAGUACAUCGAAGGGAAGACUCUUGCCGAUAUUCAUGAUGUAUAUUCUCCGCACCAUCCUUUAGAAGUUGAAAAGGGCCCUCUGCCUCAAAAAAUCUACUGUGAUUAUCUCAAGACCAUUAAAGGAGUGUAUGCUCCAAUUUUGAAGGGAAUGAAAGAUAUCAAUGCACGUCAAGUCAUACUCAUCGACAUCAUACCGGAGAAUAUCAUAAUCACCUCGACCAUGCUGAAACGAGCAGUAUUCAUGGAUUUUGGGCAAGCAAUGCUUAGGGCACCUCCGAAUGUCGUCGCUGAAUAUGCGAAUGACUUCUUCAUUGUUAGGCUGCUUACAAACUGCUGUCCUAAGCAUAAGGAAGAUGUGGAGAAAUGGGCGAAGGAGACUUUACCCGCUGACUUACAUCAUCCAGCAUUUGUUCUGAUUGUGUGA